ACCGCCUGCAGUUGCCGGUAGGUCUGUAUAUAAAUAUUGCGGACCUUGUUUUAAAUCUGGCACUUAAAGCAAGUUCGUCAGAAAAACUACACAGCGGCAGUUUGGAAGCCACAUUGCUGCGCAGUGAUUACAAUUUUUAAAAAUGUUACCAUUUCUCAAAUCUCUGUCCAGCUCGCUGUCAUCCAGCAAAAAGUCGACAGACGUGAGUAAAGUGCCAGAAGCUGAAGCUGAAAGCAAUGCAGAGAUAUCCAGCCUCAGGAGACAGUCCACACACGAACUGCUGCAGGAGAGUCUGGCUAACUCAAGGAGAAGUUCCCGUACCAACACAGGGAACUCUGGGAAGCUUUCAAUACAGCAGAAGUCUUCUAAACAAAGAAGCAGAACAAGUUUAAGAAAUUCGGUUUCUGGUGUUUCCAAAGAAAAGUCGAGGAAGACCUCAGAAAUAAUCUCUAAACAGACCAGUUUAUUAAGGAGUGCAUCAACUAGGGCUAAAUCAGUUUCUAACAGCCAGACAGAUCUUACAAAGGCCCCAUCUAAAGCUUCACUCCAUAAAAAUAAAUCUGUCAAUGCCUCUAACAGCCUGAUAAAUAUUGCCAAGUUGCCAUCUAAAACUUCACUACAAAAGUCUAAAAGUGGAGAUAAUGCUGAAACAAGACAUUCAAAAUUGUCCAAUGGAAACACAACUGAAACAAAGUUAUGGUUUCCUAAAGCAGCAAUUUUAGCUGUCCGCACUGAAAAUGCAAAUGAGUUUUAUCUCUGUCGCACUUGGAGUAAUGUUUACAACUAUUCAAGGGAGGUAAAAAUCAACUGGCUGACACAAGGUAAAAAAGGGAUUGCCAAUACAUACAAGAUCACGUACAGAGAUACAAUAGACCCAGCAUGCAUUCUUUUAGAGGUCAGUCUGAACCAGUUGUCUUCUGUGACUUAUCAACUACCACCAGAUCAGCUGACUGAGAUUCAGAAACUUUUAAAACUUGCACAGGAUGUGGAAACUGGAAAAGCAUCUCUGGCUGAUGUGGAUGAUGAUGUUGAGGAAGUUCAUUUUAUUGAAGAGCCAGUUGUCAAAAGGGCAAGACUACAAAAAACUCCAUCCCAGAGGGCAUCAGACAAAAUUAAAAGAAAUGCAAGGAAAAAGAUUAGUUCAAGCUCAGGAACAAAGAAACUGGCAAAAGUAAAAUGUGCUCAAGCUUCAAAGACAGAAAGAAAAAGAAAAUCUGCUCCAAAGAAGGUUGCAGACCUUGAGCUACAUCCACGACCUGACAUUAAAGUGCUGGAGCUUGAUCCUCUUUUUGAAUCCAGAGAACCGAUGCCAUAUAUUUCUAAAGUAGCCAACUCUAGAUUGGUUUUCAGAGCCAUCUACUUAAAAGAUAAUAAACUUUUGACCAAGCUUCUGAAAGAUGGUAACAAAAUAUAUCAGCUGUAUCCCAAGUCACUGGACAACCCCCACACCCCCUACCACGCAGCAGCUCAGGUGCAGGACAUGGCAGUGUUUCAGACGAUAUUACAGGAGGUCUGCGGCACAAAGUUCAGUGAGAGACGGAGUCACAAUAGGGAAGACAAGACUAUGAUAAAUAAACUCAACACAGGAAACUAUAAUCGACGAUCAUUAGGAAUUCAUUUCAUUCGUAAAAUAACAGCCAGUCGAGGGAGCCGGGAAGGAAAUAAUGCUUUAACAAAAACAGAAGAUCCCAUUGAUUAUUAUGACAAUGAUUAUGCAAAAGGAGUUACCAGUUUUGACCUAGACCCAGCUCUGCUAGCCUUAGUUGAAAAAUUUUUCAAGGAUGACAAAAGAAACUUUUAUAGGGAUGUUUUUGAUCCUCAAGAUGUUCAUGAGCUGCUCCUGAAAGGAAAACAUCAAAUUGCAGGAAAAGUAAUUGAAUCUUACCUCAAGGGUUAUUGCAGAUUUUUCAAUCAUCUUUACAGAGAUGUUCUCCUCUUUACAACAGAAGAACUUACUGGAUGUUCACCGUCAACCAUCAGAUUUGUUAGUAAAAAAGUUUACAAGUUGACUCCCAUCCACUGUGCUGCUGCCAACCCAAACAGCAAAUAUCUAGAAAAACUACUUUCAGUAUAUGCUGACUUCAAUGCUGUUGAUGCAAAAGGAAAUCGACCAAUCCAUUUUGCAGCAGCUUGCAGCUCAAGUUCCAACCUAAAACUUUUGCUGGAAAAGGGAGGAAAUCCCAAUGAUACAAAUGGAAGCAGGCUUAUCCCUCUACACUAUGCAGUUAAAGCAAACAGGCCACAGAAUGUUGAAUUACUUCUCCAAGAGGCUCAGAAAAAUCAGACGGAUCCAUUUGCUGCCCAGUUUGGGGUGGGUGGAGUGAACCGUAGAGACAAUUACAAUAAAACUCCUCUUCAUCUGGCAGCAGAAUAUCAGUUUGUGGAAGUGGCUGAAAUCUUGUUAAAGUAUGGAGCAGAUGUCAAUGCUAAGUUAAAUGUAUCAAAAAAUCAGACAACUCCUUUAAUGAUAGCUGCAGCUCAAGGAAAUUUGAGAAUGGUUCGACUUUUGGUUCAAUAUGGUGCAGUAGUGGAACAAAGAGAUCGAAUGGAGCGUACAGCAGUCACCCAUGCUUGCAUGAACGGGGCCACCAGCGUCCUGUCCUACCUGCUGAACAUUGGGGCCAGUGGUGAGCACCCUGACAACUCGGGCAACUCACCCCUACACUACGCGGCUGCAUAUGGCUGGUUCUUCACCACCAAACUUCUCCUACAGUCAGGGGUCAACCCAAAUGUCAGCAACAUGUGGAAGUUAACACCUGUCAACAUUGCCUACCUGAAGGCCCAAGUUGGGAUUAUGCAGGAGCUGUUAUGCCAUGACAAAGUAGACAUCAAUUUUACUGAUGAUGAUGGUGUGACCUUGAUUUUUCAUGCUUGCUCAAGUGAUCUCACACAGAAAGACCUUUGGGAUCAGAUACAAUAUAUGAUUGAAGAGAAGGGCGCUAUCUGCACGCUCAAAGAUAAUGAAGGGCGUACUCCACUCCACUAUUUAGCGGAUGCUUAUGUUGAUUCUGAGGAAAGUGAAGUAAAGGCACAGGCAUAUAAGCAAAGUAUAGCUAUAGCUGAGCUUCUGCUAAAGCAUGGCUGUGACCUUCAUGCCGUUGAUAAACAAGGCAACACAGCUGUCAUGAUAGCUUUAACAUCUGUGAGGAACCUUCCCCUCUAUGACUUUCUCCUGUCUAAAGGGUGUCAGAUUCUAGCCCCACCAGCAGGAGACCCCUCUACAUCUGUGUUGCAUGAAAUAGCAAAACAUAUUUGGUUAGAUCCAGCCAAUUUGGAUAAAUUAUUGAAUUUAAUUAAAAAAUAUAAGUUCACAGAUGUAGCCAAGACAAUGACCAGAUAUGUUGACUGCAAUGGCUUCACUCCCUUGCAUUUAGCCUGUCGAGUAAUCUCUGAAGGAAAGACUUCAAAUGACCCAGAAAUUGCUGUCAGAAAAAAUUUGAAAGCGAAAUGGGACAAUGUGAGAUCUUUCAUCAAAAGAUUAGUGGAUGAGUUUGAUGCAGAUGUAAAUGCAAAGGUUCAGAAAAAGUUUUUCAAUGAAGAAGAUGAGCCUGAAGUAAAUUCUUCUCUAUGGUGGGAAUCACAAGAUACUGCUGGAAAAACAUCUGCCCACAUAGUGAUGCUGAAAAAAGACCCUCUCUUUGACAAAGAUUUCAACAUUAUUGAGCCUGCACAGUCAGGGCAAAUUUUUAAAGAGCUAGUCAAUCGUGGUGCAGAUUUAAACUUGGUAGAUGAAUAUGGAAACACACCACUAUCCACUUGCAUCCAGAGUUACCAAUCCAGUCUUUUUGACUUCAUGGCUGAUAAAGGCAACUGUGAUUUUAAUCAGAACAUCAGAAGCAUAGUUAAUGAACCUGAUGGGGAGAUGGUUAAUCCCCUUAUGUUUGCCAGUUUGAGGUUUGAAAAUCCUGUAUCUUACAAUGAACAGCAAAAAAAGAAUGAAACAGAAAUGAUCUGCAAAUUGAUUGAGUUAGGUUGUGAUACCAAGUGUGUCUCUAAGAAAAACAAACAGACUUUCCUGCAUAUUCUUACCAAACAAGCUCACGCAGGGGCUAGGGAAAAUCUACUAAAAAUAGUCAGAAAACUUCAAGAAAAAAAAGAUUUCAAUUUCAACACAUUGGAUGAGAAGAAAAGAUCAGUCCUGCAUUACGCUGUCAUGGGAAACAAUGGUGCUCUAAACCAGAGUCAUGAACUUGAGGUCAAGUUCAUCCAGCUGGGUGUAAAUGUCGGAUCAGCUGAUAUUUAUGGAAGGACAGCACUGCAUUAUGUUUUUAAAAAAGGAAAACGCUACUCAGCAAAUAUUUGGAGAACAAAUGAAACUAAGGAUCCUGUUGAAUUAGUCAAAUUAAUUGGUCGAAACAUGAGCCAAGAGGAGAUCAAUCAGCAAGACAGACGUGGAUUUACUGCCCUUCAUUAUGCUGCCCAAAAUGGAGCAACAAUGUGUUGCAUGUAUCUUACACUGGUUUUCUUAUCUGUAAACCUAGAAGAUAAAGAUGGUAACUCUGCACUAUCUUUAGCAGUACAAAAUAAACAUGAUGGUUGUGCUACAACAUUGAUACAGUCUGGUGCCAAUCUGAAGUCUAAAGUUGCAGUUAUAUCUUCACAAGAACUAGAAAAAAGAAAAAUUCAAAAGAAAAAGCUCAAGGAGAAUCAAGCAGAUGAAGAGGAAGCUGAAAAGGAGAUAUGGAAGUGGAAGCCUGCUCUAAAUGUGUUGAAAGAAGAAAGUAUAAAAACUUUGUCACUUUAUCAGGCUGCCAUUGAGAACAGCCUGAAUGGUGUGGCCAUGUUUGUUACUGAAGCUGAUCAAAGCAGAUCUGGGCUGAGUGAACUGGAUGCCAUUGUUAUUUGCAUAAAAUCCUGCAAGUUCAAUAUUGCUUUGCGACUGCUGUGCACUACAACCAACCUGAGUAUUCUGACAGAGCUUAGAGAACACGAGCGCAACUUGCUGCAUGUUUUAGCUCUCAGCUGUGAAAAUGUUGCAGUGAAUGAUGCUCCUGUCAUAAUAAAGAUUGCUGAGUUCCUAGUACUUGCAGGUGUUUCAGUGAAAAAGCCUGACAUGUUUAACUGCUCUCCCAUUCUUUAUGCUGUCUUGAACAGAAUGUUUGCAUUAGCUGAUUUCUUAGCAGAAAAGGACAAGGGGUAUAAUGUAAACUACACAGAUGGUUUUAAGAGGUCAUAUUUAGCAGCUGCUCUAUGGAAGUGCCAGUCAAAGGGGAUAUGUGGACCUACAUGGAACUUUCUGGAAAAGAUGAUUAAAAAUGGAAUAAACAUUAACCAGCAUAUUGACCUCCCCUUAAACCCAGAGUUUGCUUCCCUUGUUAGUGGAAACAAUAAACUUGAUCCUGACUACUGGCAAAGCUAUCCAGACAACAAGACCACUGCACUUAUUGCAGCCAUAUCUUGCAACUGCUUCACAGUGUCACAAAGUUUGUUGAAACUAGGAGCCGACCCCAACAAAACAGAUGGAGACGAUAUUUCUCCACUCAUGCAUGCAGUUAUUCAGGGUAAAGUGAAUCAUGUCAAGCAGAUUUUGAACUAUGAGUUUGACCCAAAUAAACCAGAGGAGACAAAGACAGCUGCCACAAAGAAGGUCAAAAACUGGAACAAAAAAGCUGCCUUCAAGCUAAAGGUGACCGAGGAGAGUAGUGAGAGCAGUGAGGAAGAGGAUGAGGAAAGUAUGGAUGAAGAUGAGCAAAACAGCGAUGAUGACCAGAAGAAUCCAGAAUUUAGGCCAGUUAAGAAGACAAGCAAUGUAAACCUGGCAUACAAAGAUAACAAAGGAUGGACAGCACUUCACUACACCUGCAGGACACAUGCCACUGGCACUUUUGAUAAUGCUGAAAUUGCUUUUGUGCUGGUGAAGGCCGGUGCUAAACUGACAGUAGAUUUCUCAGGGCUAAACCCCUAUCAAUUGGCACUGAAGACAGGGGCAGAUAAUGUGGCUAAUGUAUUGAGAAUGCAUUUCAAUUUAACACAACAAAACAAGAAGGCAAGGACUGAAAGAGACUCUCAUAUAAAGGAUAAUUUACCUCAUUCACUAAAAAAUGUACCAGAUUUUAAAGAUGCUGCAGACAAAGUUUUACAAGUGCAUGAUUUAAAUAUGGAUGUGGACGACACUGAACUCCACCUAGUGGAUUCUAACUGUAACAUCAAAAAUGGGGAGCUUGUUAAAGAUGAACAGCUUGGGUUAUUCUAUGAUGUUCUUCUGACAAAAGUUGAUGUCAAACAAGGAGAAUGGGGUCUAUACAACUUUUAUCAAAUUCAGCUUGUAUUUCAACCCAGCAAAUCGUUGUAUAUUUUGUUUACAAGAUGGGGUCGCAUAGAGGACAAAGGUCAGUUCCAGCAUACACCAUUCCCUGAUAGGGAACAGGCGGUGAAGGAAUUCAUGAAAAUAUUUAGAGAGAAGAGUGGGAAUAAAUGGAUUGACAUCAAGAACUUUGAAAGAAAACCAAACAAGUACAGGCUUGUUGAAGACAACGCCAGGAAAACUCAACCCCCACAGAAGGACCUUGACAUUGACCUCACUAGCAGUACUCCAUCAGUUCUGCCCAAAUAUGUAUAUCAACUCAUCAAAACUAUGAUGAACCCCAAGGAGAUGCAGCUGUCUGUCAACAAGACCAAAUGUCUGAACAUUCAAUCACAGACAUUUGGCAACUUGAACAAAGAGACCUUACUGCGAGGGAAAGAGCUUCUAGAACAAAUAGAAAAAUUUGUUGACAAGGUAGAAGAAUUUAGGUCAGCACCACACUCAGAGGUUGAAAAGAAGGAACUGAGGGAAGCUUACCAAGCAAAUUUAGAAAAAAUAGCAGAACUAAGCAAUGAAUACUUUCAUCUGCUACCCUGUAAAAACUUUUCUUAUGAGAAGAUCCGACCUUUGGACAAACGUCAAAAACUGAUGGGCCAGAUGUACAGCAUCAGCAACCUCCUUGAUUAUGAGGUGGCCUGUAAGAUGCUCUUGGCAGCCAUGCACUUUAAAACAGAGUACAACCCUGUGGACUACGUGUAUGCCAGCUUGGGUUGCCAGGUGGAGAUGAUGAGCCAGGAUGAUGCCAUGUCUCAAAUGAUUCUUAAAUAUAUUUACCUAACUGGUCCAGGUUAUAAAGUAAACAGCAUUUACAAAGUACACAGACAAGGUGAGGAGCAAAGGUUAAAGGCUACUGGUCUGGGCAACAGGCGUCUACUGUGGCAUGGGAGCAACACUUGCAACCUGCUGAGUAUUUUAAACAGAGGCUUGCUGGUGGCUCCACCUGAGGCCAGAAUGUCUGGCUGGGCCUACGGAAAAGGCAUCUACUUGUCAGAUUCAUUCAAUAAAAGUGCCAGCUAUGUGUGGUCAGAUUCAGGAAACAUGUAUAUGUUACUGUGUGAGGUAGCUUUAGGGGAAAUAAAAGACUACUAUAAAGAACAAAGGGCAGGUAAUGCACAGAAAAACAGUGACAAGUCCUACAACUCUGUUGUUGUCCAAAGUCAUCCAUAUUGCUUCAGUCCAUCGGAUUGGUUCAUCUUACCCUCAGGUGUGAGCAUUGCCCAAAACUCAUCGCAGGCGAGUCACAUAACAAACAGCAUCAUGACGGAGUACAUUGUUUCUGAUCCAGCACAAGUCUGUUUACGUUAUCUUGUGCAGUUUAAAAAAUAGUUUCAACAACUGCAUUCUGGGACAGCAGCAACUAAACAAUGUUAAUACCAUUUUGAAUGAAAUAAUUUAAUAUUGAUCUCCAAGUUUUAGUCAUGUUAUUUGCUCAUUUUAUUUGAAUCAUAACUAUUAUAUGAAUUUUAAAGCUCUUUUAGUUUUUCUGUAGUUGAUUGUAUAAAGUAAUAAAGCUUCUAGCCACAGAUAUUCCUCUGUAUAUCUCUGCACGACUUUUGUAGGCCAAUAGGUUGGUGUGGUAUAUAGAGUGAUGCUCAACAACUUGCUACAGCUGAAAUUAUUUGUUUGAUACCAGCUUGGUUUAGUUAUUACAUUUUCAGUCUGUGAUUGUACUGUGUGAUGUAAAAUGCGAUCCAUUUUGUAAAAUAUGUGGUCUGCUACAAAUUGAGUGAUGUAAAAUUGUAUACAUUUUGUAAAAUGUGUGGUGUGAUGUAAAAUGUAAACAAAUUGUUUGAUGUGAUACAAAUUGUAUUUUGUAAAAAUUUGAUAAUAAAUGUAAUUACAGCAGUA